AUGGGUCCCGGGGCUGUGUCCCUGACCUGGAGGACUCCUAAGGACUUGGGAGGUCGGAAGGAGGUCAUGUAUUCGGUGGCAUGUAAAGAGUGUAUGAGCGGACGCUGCCUCCGGUGCGGGGACGGAGUUACGUUCAGACCCGGCCAGGUACAACUCACCCAGACACGUGUCCAUCUCACUGGGCUCCUACCAGGAGUGGCCUACACCAUGGAGGUGCAUUCAACCAACAAAGUGUCUGAAAUGAGCUCUGAACAGCCGAAACACGCCUCUCUGAACCUCAGCAUCAGCCAAUCAGUGCCAUCUGCUGUGCCCAUAAUACACCAAGUCAGCCGGUCCACUCAGAGUAUCACCCUAUCUUGGCCCGAACCGGAACAGCCAAACGGCAAGGUCCUUGACUAUCAGCUGCGUUACCGUGAAAAGGUACCCGCUACAAGUGCCUCUCAAUGCACUGUUGUGACUGUUCGUUCUCCUUCUAUCCAGGCUGACGAAGGGGAGUCUCUGUCCCUGAUCAGUGAAAUAAAUACAGCCACAGUUGGAGGUCUUAACCCCGGAGCGAUUUAUGCCUUCCAGGUGAGAGCCAGGACGGAUCGCGGCUAUGGGGCCUACAGCGGAAACAUGUACUUCCAGACUCUGCUAAGCGGUGGUGAACAGGCGGAAGUAAGACAAGACAAGCUACCUCUUAUCGUUGGAUCCUGCCUGGGUGCUUUGGCUUUCAUAGGAAUCUCCAUCAUUCUCAUCCUUAUCCUUCUAUUCAAGAGGUCAGUACGAAGAGAAACUCCAUACACUGACAGACUGCAGCACUACAUCAGUUCAAGAGGUUUAGGAGUGAAGUAUUACAUUGACCCUUCAACGUAUGAGGACCCCACCGAAGCUGUGCGAGAGUUCGCUCGAGAAAUCGAUGUAUCCUUCGUAAAGAUAGAAGAGGUGACGGGAACAGGAGAGUACGGCGAUGUGUGUCGCGGCCGCCUUUGUCUUCCAGGAAAACGUGAGAUAGCCGCGUGUAUCCGCACAUUGCGCUCAGGGAGUGGAGACAAGGAACGCGGGGAAUUCCUCAGUGAAGCAAGCAUUAUGGGACAGUUUGACCACCCCAAUGUUGUGCGCCUUGAAGGGGCUGUGACCCGCAGUCGCCCCAUAAUGAUCCUUACAGAGUACAUGGAGAACGGGGCGCUGGAUGCAUAUCUCCGGCAAUGUGAAGGUGGUCUGUCGGCCCUGCAGGUGGUCUCCAUGCUGCGUGGAGUGGCGUCCGGCAUGCGUUAUCUGUCGGAGAGAAGUUACAUUCACAGGAAUCUGGCCGCUCGCAGCGUUUUGGUGAAUGGACAGCUGGUGUGCAAACUAAAAGUUUAUACUUUAACGUUGAGUUAUCUGUCCUCAAAAUGGAAGACAUUUGCUACUUUGUUUCAGGUUGGCAGACAGUCGUUACGUUGGAUGGCACCUGAAGCUCAUCAGCAGAGGAAGUUCUCCAGCUCUAGUGAUGUGUGGAGCUACGGGAUUGUCAUGUGGGAAGUGGCAUCCUACGGAGAAAGGCCAUACUGGGACAUGAGCAAUCAGGAGGUGUUGGAUGCCAUUGAGCAGGAGUACCGCCUUCCUCCGCCCCCUGACUGCCCAAGCGUCCUGCACCUCCUAAUGUUAGACUGCUGGCAGCGGGAUCGUUCUCAGAGGCUGCGUUUUGAUCAGAUUGUCAGCUCUUUGGAUCGGAUGAUUAGAAACCCCAAUUGUUUAAAAACAGUAGGGGUUUCAAAUAGUAGGUGA